AUGCAGUUCAAGCAAACCGGAAAACGCAAAAGCCGUUCAAACAGUCAAGAACAAGUUCUACAAUGGACACUUCUUGAGCGUCGUGGAACCGGGUUAGAAGAAGCAAGUGCCCCGGAUGACUUUGAAUCGCACCAAGCGAAGAGACGAUCAAGCGCUCGAGACAAUCUGGACGAAGAGCAAAAGGGCAGUGACGAAGAUAACGAGGAUGCUACACCUCAAGUCUUUUGGCGAGCGAGUGCCAAUGCAGUCGAAGGUACUGACUUGUCUGAGCCGACAGCGUUUGAAGAUGCUGUUGGUGGACCGGAUCAAGUGCAUUGGUGUGAAGCAAUCUGUGCUGUGUUGGACUCGAUGAAACUUCGUGGCGUGUUUCGAGCGACCAAACUGCCGUCUGGAAAGCAUACCAUUGGCACCAAGUGGGUAUUCAAGAUCAAACGGAAAGCUGAUGGAUCCAUCGAGAAAUACAAGGCGCGCCUCGUGGCAAAAGGGUUCAAGCAGAAAUAUGGCAUCGACUACACGGAGACGUUUUCGCCGGUAGUCAAGUACGUGACGCUGCACAUGGUGGUUGCAAUCACAAAGUACUUUGGCUGGACACUGGACCAACUGGACGUGGUGACAGCUUUCCUUUACGGAGAAAUGAAGGAAAAUGUAUUCUGCGCGAUCCCAGAAGGAUUCGAAGUUGAUGAAGACUUUGACUGCUUUGAACUGGUCAAGGCGACCUACGUGUUGAAAAGACAGCGGCUGUGA